AUGGCAUCUAAUAAACCAGGAACUUCAGGUUUAGGCGUAAAACGAAGUUAUAAAGAUGACAUUUCUUUGCGAAUUUUUAAUACAGAAUGGAUAGAAAAAUUUUUAUGUAUAGAAGGGAAAAAAUCUAAACCGACAUGUUUAGUAUGUAACUCUGUAAUUGCAGUUCCAAAAAAAUUCAAUGUUCAACGGCACUAUAAUAAUCACAAUGAUAUUAUUGAAAAAUAUCCCGAGGGUUCUGUAAAGAGGACGGAAUAUAUUAAAAAGAAUACUAAUUCAUUGUUAACUCAGCAAUCAAUUUUUACUAAACAAUCAAAUGAAAAAAAAGACAUGGUGUUAACGUUUUAUGAAAUCGCAUUUUUGCUAGCCAAGUGUGGAAAACCUUAUUCUGAUGGCGAAAUCAUUUAA